UCCUGAUCACUGUGAGAAGGAUGCUGCAACAAGCUCUGAGAGUGUCCGGCCGCAGCGCCUUCCCCCUGGUCAAGUGGAUGGAGAGGUGGGCUGAGCGCGCAUCCGCCAGGCAGCAGGGGGUGAAGACUCUGAAAGAGAUGCCCGGGCCGUCGAUCGCCAGCUUCGUCUGGGACCUGUUCGCCAGACAGGGGCUGUCACGGCUGCACGAGUUACAGGUGGAAGGAGUGCAGCGGUACGGGCCCAUGUGGAAGGCGAGCUUCGGCCCCAUCCUCACAGUCCACGUGGCUGAGCCAGCGCUCAUCGAGCAGGUGCUGAGGCAGGAGGGCCAGCACCCCAUGCGCUCCGACCUGUCCUCCUGGAAGGACUACAGGAAGCACAGAGGACAUCACUAUGGACUGCUAACUGCCGAGGGGGAGGAGUGGCAGGCGGUGAGAAGUCUCCUGGGGAAACACAUGCUGCGACCAAAAGCUGUCGAAGCCUACGACCAAACCCUGAACGCCGUGGUCAGCGACCUCGUUGCCAAACUUCGCCAUCGCAGAUGCUCCGAGGGCCUCGUCACCGACAUCUCCAGCGAGUUCUAUCGCUUCGGCCUCGAGGGCAUUUCGUCAGUGCUGUUUGAAUCCAGACUCGGUUGCCUUGAUGAGGUCGUCCCAGAAGAGACGGAGCGUUUCAUCCAGUCGAUCAACACCAUGUUUGUGAGGACGCUUCUCACCAUGGUCAUGCCAAAGUGGCUACACCUGCUGGUUCCUCAACCCUGGAACGUCUUCUGUCAGAGCUGGGACUACAUGUUUGACUUCGCUAAAGGCCACAUCGACAAGCGUCUAGCGGACGAUGCAGAGAAGGUUGCCCGCGGAGAGCAGGUGGAGGGCCGUUAUCUCACCUACUUCCUGUCACGGACAGGGCUGCCCAUAAAGACGGUCUACAGCAACAUCACAGAGCUUCUUCUUGCAGGAGUCGACACAAUCUCCAGCACCCUGUCCUGGUCUUUGUACGAGCUGUCCCGUCACCCCGAGGUGCAAGCUUCGCUCCGGGAUGAGGUGUUGAGCGUGCUGGAGGGUCGGAGCAUACCGGAGGCAGCAGAUGUGGCCCGCAUGCCUUUUCUGAAGGCCGUAGUCAAAGAAGUACUGAGGCUGUACCCCGUUAUUCCUGCCAACGCAAGAGUCAUUACAGAGAAAGACAUCCAGGUUGGAGGCUACCUCAUCCCUAAAAAUACUCUGAUCACCCUUUGCCACUUUGCAACAUCACGGGACCCAGCGGUGUUUCCAAAUCCAGAUGAUUUCCAGCCCGAUCGAUGGCUUAACAAGGACCAGAGUCACCACCCGUACGCCUCUAUACCCUUUGGGGUGGGAAAACGCAGCUGCAUAGGACGCCGUAUCGCCGAGCUGGAGCUCUACCUUGCUCUUGCCAGGAUCCUGAUAGAGUUCGAUGUGAAGCCAGACCCAGAGGGGACUUCUGUGAAGCCCAUGACACGUACGCUUCUGGUUCCUGAAAGUGUCAUUAACCUCCAGUUUAUUGAACGAUGACCGACUCUGCUGAGCAGAUCUGUAGCAUUCAGUUAGAAUGGACCUUCAACCUUCGACACGGCAAAGGCCAAAGCCCUCAUACCUGUUACCUAGUAGUGUGUGCAGGCUGACGUGUGCAGAAGGACAAACGCUUGAAGGGCGAGCAGCGACGGCUCAUCACUGAGGCUUUCUACUGGGACUCCAAAUGUAUUACUGUGGGAUUUAGACUAAAAUCACCAUCAAGCACUUAUUUGCACAGAAGCCAAGAGCAAGCCAGUGAUCUCCUUCAGGAUGUUUCAACAGACAAUCUUUUAUUCUUCAGUCAGUCAGACCGAGAAUUGCAACAUGUAUUUGAAGCUGAUUUUUGAUUUCCUAGGAACCCCUUCCUAAAUCUGAUUAUGACUUGUGUUCUUUUGCACUAUUAACUAUAGACAGCAUUUCCUUUUGUUUCCUUGUGUCCUCGACGUGCACUUCAUUUCUGUAUAUAAGUUUGAGAUAUGCACCUCGCUACAAAGACCAAAAACCAUAACUCACGAGAGUGAAAAACUGAGAAAAAAAUACUUCAGAGUUAUCUAUAUAAUAUUGGAAAUGUGGUUAGUCUUUGUUUAUUGUUUUGUUGUUUUUGAUGAAGUUAAUUAUCGAGUUGAGAGGUCUAGUUAUCUAGAAGUUGAGGUACUCUGCCUUUGCAUUGUCUGAAAAGUACUAAAGGUUUUAGCCAAGGCGAAAGGCUUCCAUGUGAUCGCUCACAUGCUGUUUAUUACCGUAAGCAAUUUAAUGCAAUAUGAAUACGAAUAAAUCAAUUAAUGGGCAGGGUUUAAAAAAAAAAAAACAACAACACUUUGAUUGUUGUUUUGUACCUCACAUCAUUAGGACCAAAUUGGGUAAUUCUGAUAAAUGGUUCAGUUAGACAAUGACACAUUAUAGUCCACAUAACAUAUUAAUGUUUGUGUGUAUGACAUAGAAUGCUGAGGCAAAACACCGUAAUUUAAGACCAGAAAACGCUACUUGAUUUUGCUGUGGUUCCCACGACUAUUUUUGCAAAAAACAACAACACAGGACACUGAUAUUUGUCCACAUGACGGAAAAGAUCUAAUUUUUUCAAAAGUCAUUUUUUUACCAAGAUUAAGUUAAGGUCUUUUGCCUUGCACUGCAGCGCAAUGUGCUGUAAAUAAUUUAUAGUAUUAGGAGAGUCUCAGACUGGCACAUGGACACGGUGUUUCUUCAGCUCUUGUUGAGCAACUGUGAGAUUUUGUGUAGAUAUGAUGUCCAAUAUACUGAUCAAAGCGUAUUUUAUGAGGUGCUUAUGGUAAAAUUUAGUGACGGGUUCCUUUUUUAAAAAAAGAAAAAAAAAGGCAGCUGUUAAAAUGAUUCCUGUGUAGGAAUGCACGGUGCCACUGUUUAAUAUCACAAACACAGGCCAUUCUGCACUCAGGCUUUGUCUGUAUUGUCUGUUAAAUGUAACUUUAUGCCACAAUGCAACUCUAUCUGUCUAUUAUGGGUUUUUAAAAAAACCUUUGAUGAGUGAUAUACAACACAUCACCACUUUCUAAAUGUAAUAAGCUUCAGUAUCUGAUUGUAUUUAUUCUAAUUAAACACAUUUUAAAACUGGUACUGUAAAUGUCAUUAAAAUGUUUC